AUGAAAGGUGUGGACGCAGGCGCUGUCAAUGACUUCUUUCUGAUCAUUUGUGGGAUCUGGGUCAUGUUUUUUAAAUUUGGAUUUACAUUCGUUGAACUUGCAAAGACGUCUGGAUCCAAUACUGCAAACAUUAUAUUCAGAAACUUAGCAGACACCUUUAUCACUCUGAUGGCGUAUUGGCUCCAUGGGUAUGCUUUUGCAUUUGGAGAGGGCAGUGGCUUUAUUGGCACCAAGUACUUCCUCACCUUGGGUAGCCCCAACCUCUGUCACUUCUUUUUUAAUUACGCCCGAUGUGCUGUGGCUACAACUGUUGCACUGGGAGCUGUUAUUGAGAGGACAGAGCCCAUAGGCUACCUCAUAUCCAGCUAUGUAUUUGCAGGGUUUGUGUAUCCAGUUGCUUCUCACUGGGUCUGGGAUGUACACGGAUUUUUCAAUCCAUUACAAUCAAAAUUUCCAGUUCAGGAUUAUGGUGGCAGUGGGGUGGUGUUCUUUGUUGGUGGUACUGUGGCGUUGGUAGCCUGUUAUGUCAUAGGAGCACGAAUCGAUCGAUGGACUCCCACAUUUAAACAGAGAGAGCACAACCUGCCUCUUGCAGCACUGGGAGCCACUAUGCAGAUGAUGGGGUUUAUUGGGUUUAUCAUUGGGGCCCGUUACCAGAUAACUGCCCCAGGGGAGGGUCAGCUAGCAGCUCUCUGCGUCCUGAACAUUCUGCUGGCAGGAGCUUCCUCUGGACUCUAUGGGCUGAUCUUUCAACGUCUGCUGAAGAGCUACUACGACGUGGAUUGUUUCGUUAACACCACAAUCGCUGGCAUGGUGUGUACGAUGAGCAGCUGUGCCAAGCGGUGUAAAGUGGAGCUGGUGAAGUUUGCCCGCUCUAUCCACAGAUUCAUCACUGGGACACUCAACAAAGGAGUGCCCUAA